GCAUGCGCUGUUUGAACUCAUGAGCGGCUCCCCGGGAUUUCAGGGCAUGCGCGGCGCCGGCAGUCGGCCGCGGAGCAUGCGUGGUCUCGGGAGCCGGUCUCUGGGGUCUGGUGCCGGACUCUCCAUCCGCUUCGCCCUCCAGCUUCGAGCCUCCCGGUUGCUCCGGUUUCCGCUCAGUGAGCGGUAUCAGCACGCUUCCUCGUUCCUUCAUCUGCUCUGCAGCAUGGGGAGGCGAAAGAACAGACCUAGAGACCGUGAAAACUCCGACCGCAAGCCUGGUUGGGGAGCUGGCUACCAAGAAAUUAUUAAAGAAAAUAAGCUCUAUGAAGAAUAUUACCAAAGGCAAAAGAUUGUUCCUGAGGGGGAGUGGGAUCAGUUUAUGGCGACCAUGAGAGAACCUUUGCCAGCUACUUUUCGGAUAACUGGAUACAAGAGUCAUGCAGAAGAAAUCUUGCAUUGUUUAAAAAACAAAUACUUCCAAGAACUACAACAUUUAGAGGUUGAAGGACAAAGGAUUGAGGCUCCACAGCCCUUGAGCUGGUAUCCAAGUGAAUUGGCUUGGCAAAUUAACAUUAGCAGGAAGAUGCUGAGGAAGUUACCAGUCUUGGAGAAGUUCCAUCAAUUCCUUAUUAGUGAGACUGAGUCUGGAAAUAUCAGUCGUCAAGAGGCCGUCAGUAUGAUCCCUCCAUUGCUUCUUGAUGUCAAGCCUCAUCACAAGAUUCUUGAUAUGUGUGCCGCACCUGGAUCAAAGACUGCUCAGCUGAUUGAGAUGUUACACUCUGACAUGAAUGUUGCUUUCCCAGAGGGUUUUGUAAUUGCGAAUGAUGUGGACAACAAGCGUUGUUACCUGCUGGUUCAUCAAUCAAAACGCUUGCACAGCCCUUGCGUUAUGGUAGUUAAUCACGAUGCAUCGAACAUUCCAAGGUUGCAGAUGGAAGAUGGUGAUGGCCAGAGGAACGUUCUCUUUUAUGACCGCAUUUUGUGUGAUGUUCCAUGCAGUGGAGAUGCAACCUUAAGAAAAAACAUUGAUGUGUGGAGAAAGUGGACAACUAGCAACAGUCUACAGUUGCAUGGUCUGCAGCAGAGGAUUGCAAUCCGUGGUGUGGAACAGCUGACAGUUGGAGGAAGGAUGGUCUACUCUACCUGUUCCUUGAAUCCUAUUGAAAAUGAAGCUGUAAUAGCAGCAAUUCUUGAGAAGAGUGAAGGGGCUCUUGAGUUAGUUGAUGUCUCAUCUGAACUGCCGGGAUUGAAGCGGAUGCCUGGUUUAACAACAUGGAAGGUAAUGACAAGAGAAGGUCAUUGGUAUGCUGAGUGGUCAGAUGUGCCUGAGAACAAACACACCCAGAUCCGCCCAACAAUGUUCCCAAUCAAAGACCCUCAAAAGCUCAAAAUAAUGAAUCUGGAGAGAUGCAUUAGGAUCUUGCCUCAUCAUCAGAAUACUGGAGGAUUUUUUGUAGCUGUUAUGGAGAAAAAAGCUCCAAUGCCAUGGAACAAGCGGGAACCUAAGUUAAGACACAAAGCAGCUGCAGUUAAUCCUUUAGCUGAAGGUGCCGAUGAAAAAUCUGCAGCAGAGGAUGAAUCUAAAAUAACUGAUGGAGAAGAAUCAUUACCUAACAAAGAUGGUAUUCUUUGUCCACCGCCGUCAAAGAAAAUGAAGUUGUUUGGAUUCAAAGAAGAUCCAUUUGUGUUCCUGAAUGAAGAUGAUCCCCUAUUUCUCCCAAUACAGAACUUUUAUCAAUUGGAUCCUUCAUUUCCGAAGUUGAAUGUCUUAACCAGGACACACGAGGGAAAGAAACGGCAUCUGUAUAUGGUUUCAAAAGAAUUAAGAAAUGUGCUUCUUCAUAACAGUGAACGAAUGAAGGUGAUCAACACUGGAAUUAAAGUUUUGAGUCGCAAUAAUGACGGGGAAGAGUUUGGCUGUGCCUUCAGAUUAGCACAAGAGGGUAUUUACACAAUAAAUCCAUACAUUAAUGGAAGAAUCAUUAAGAUUUCAAUUGAAGAUGUUAUGGUACUGCUGACACAAGAAAAUCCAUUCAUUGGUAAACUUACAAAUGAUCCUCAAAAACAGGCCAAGAAGCUGACCAUGGGAAGCAUUGUGCUGAAAUAUGAACCAGAUCCUUUAAACACGGAAGGUCCAAAGUGCCCUAUCGUAUUGUGUGGCUGGAGGGGAAAGAAUUCCAUCCGAGCAUUUGUUGCCAGGAAUGAACGGUUCCAUUACUUGCGCAUGUUGGGAGUGGAGGUCUUCAGAGAUGAGAAUAAAGGCGAAGGAUCUGAUAAGGUAGUUGUAAAUUUUGAGAAAAAUGAAGAACCAAUGGAAGAAGGCACGUUGAAUGUUCCAAGAGAAGCUGAAAUCUUACAGCAGGACACUGAAGUUCUACAGGAACCUGAUAAAUGUGACAAGACCUUGGAUGCUACUACAGAACCUGAACAACUUCAAAAAGAUGUACAGCAUGCACAGAGAGAAAUUAAUAAUACAAAGCAAGUGGCAGAAUCUACUAAUUCGUGUUCAAGAAUUGAGAAAACUGAUCCUACUAUGCCGUGUCCUGAUGCAAAACAGACUUGAGGUUGAGUCAGAGCAGGUGUGAAAUGUGGACUGAUGUAGGUUUCUGCAGAAGAAUACUAGUCCUGCCAAAUUGUUAAAAGAAGAACGUAUUCAGUUUAGUGUUCAACAUGAAUGUCCUGAAUUGUAAUAACUAGGCUUGAAAAAAUAUAGACAUGAGAAAGUCUGCAGAUGCUGGAAAUCCAAAACAACACACACACAAUGUUGGAGGAGCUCAGCAGCAGGUCAAGAAAUGAAAAAAGUCAACAUUUCUGAAAAAGGGACUUGGCCCAAAAGUUGAUGCUGGAAAUCCAAAGCAACACAAUUGAUUGCUUUUUCAUUUCUGUAGAUGCUGCAUGACUUGCUGAGUUCCUCCAGCAUUUUGUAUUUGUUGCUUUGGAAAUAUAGUGACACAUUAUUGAGCAAUCAUUUCCUGACACGAAUAUCUUUGCUAAAGAGAGAUUUUGGGUAUUUUCCAUGAAUUUCUUUCACGGGGUAAAGGGGGAAGCAAGUACUUUCAUGGGCAAAGAGAAAAGCCAGGUUGCUUUCAUGAGGGGUAAAAAUAAUUUCAGCAUCACUCAAGUCUUUCCAAUUAGUUUGACAACCUAUUGUCAGAAGAUUAUCCUUUUAAAAUUAGGUUUUGUGAUCUGUUUAAUGCCAUUUUUAUUACUACUAUUUCUGCUAAAGACUUAAGUGAAUCCCAUCUUUAAAAUUUGUUACAAAUUUUUAUUGUUUGAAUUUAUAAAUGAAUUGCUAUAUUUAUUUUAAUGGAUCCUCAUAAGUUUUAGGACAAUUUACCCAUGACUGUUUAGAUGGUAACUUGGAUGAAAUGGAUUGCCUGCCCAAAUGUUAUUUUCUCUCUUGAUUGCUCGGGCGUUGAAGGUGUUUAUUUCUCCCUUAAAUUCAGCAAAUCAUUACUUGUACCUGAGGGAGCAGUUCCUUAGUUUUCUUAAAUAUGGUUACAAAUAUGAAGACAGCCAAGAUAACAUAAUUUGCUUAAUAAAAUAAGCUGAAUUUUCA